GACGUUGAACGUGGAAGUGGAGGAGUUUUACUACGAGUUGAGUCGCUUCAGGUCAGUAACAGGACUGCCGGAGGAACUCGGGUUUGUUUAAACUGGAAAAUAAUUUUCGGAUUCUGCAUUUGGUGGAGGAGAGGAGAGGAAAGUUUUGGAUUCUCGACCAGUUGGGAAGUGAGUUCCGUUUUGCAGAUUUGCAUGUGAUGUGAGCUGCACCUCUUCUGUCAAGCUGACACAUUACACAAACAUCACUGGCUCAUAGUCAAGGAAGGGUGUGGAGUAUGUGGGCCAGUUGUUGUAACUGGCUCUGUCUGGACUCUUCAGCUGUGGAGGAAAGCAGCAGUCACAGAUCUAGCUCCCGCCAUCAAGCGUAUACUAACUCGGGCUACAGCAGCUACCCGUCUCCCACAGCUCCAGAGCACACAUGUAAGGCGUGCGGAGGCCGCUUUGAUGCUCUUGAAAGAAAGCAUGUAUGUGUAGACUGCAAAAAGAAUUACUGUAGUCGCUGCUCCACUCAGUUAGAGCCUCGUCCGCGGCUGUGCCACACAUGUCAGCGUUUCCACGGUACCAUGUUCGAGCGGGCGGAGUUGAUGAAGCUAAAAGUAAAGGACUUGAGGGAUUACCUUCAUUUGCAUGAAGUCCCUACGCAAAUGUGCAGAGAGAAAGAAGAACUUGUGGAGCUGGUCCUUAAUCAGCAGACCCCUACCUCUGAUGCAUCCACGCCAAGUGAGACGCACACUCGCACAUCUCUGUCUGAGCAGGAAAUGAUCUCUGAACCAACCACAGUCACUGAGCAACCCUCUACAGGAAGCGGUGUUAUGACAGACCUGACCUCUCAGUCACAGACUGCAGGAGAUGAGCAGAUUGAGUCACUGGCAGAGGAGCCAGUUGAUGUUGAGGAGACAGAGCUUCAGGGGGCACAGGAAAGCCAGUCCUCAGACUCUGAUGAGGCAUUGCCCUCGGGUCGGCGGGCAUCUCUCUCAGACAUUUCCUCAGUGGAGGAUAUUGAAGCUCUGAGUGUACGUCAGUUAAAGGAAAUCUUGGCCAGGAACUUCGUCAACUACAAGGGCUGUUGUGAAAAAUGGGAACUGAUGGAGCGAGUCACACGCCUCUAUCAUGACCAGAAGGAUCUACAAAACCUAGAUUCUACAGCGAAUUUAGGCCGCACCAUGGAAGAAAACCUUUGUAAGAUCUGUAUGGACUCGCCAAUCGACUGUGUGCUUCUGGAAUGUGGACACAUGGUCACAUGCACAAAGUGCGGAAAGCGCAUGAGCGAAUGCCCCAUCUGCAGACAGUAUGUGGUCCGGGCAGUGCAUGUUUUCCGAUCCUGAACCAGCACAUCUUUGGUUGGAAGAUUUAAAAACUCUUCCUCGUCUUUUUUCCCCCAUCUGUAUAUAAACACUUCGCCCAUGAAAGAGCCAUCAUCGCCCUGCUGCCUCAUCUGACUUACCAGCAGCUGUUGAACUCUGAAUAAAGGAAAAAUUAUACACUAGUAAUUUUUUUUUCUUGUGUUUAGUUAUCAAGCGGGUUUGUGUUCAAGUUCUACAGCGUGUGGCUUGAAACUACUGCACUUAUUCCAGUGCUGCAAUUUUUAGAUUUGGGAUGUAGUGUUGCAAGUAAUUUAAUAGUUUAACACACUUGUUGCAUUUAAACCAAAAUCUAAUGCACACAAAUACAAUGGUUAUGUGGAAUGCGUGGGCAGUAGGAUAAGAUCUCUAAACCAAAAAUAUUCACGUUCCCCAACAGCAGUGCUUUUAAUUAUACUAUGUCAGUGUUGCACAGCUGUCCAAGCAGAACACAACACUGACACUCCCAUGUCCUAGGAUGACAGCUGUAGGUUGCACAGGGCCAAAUCUGUGCGACUUGUUUGACGAGCAUGAUGGAACACAGUGACAGUUUUUGACAGGCCUGAAAAAUUCGCUGAAUCUCACAGAGCAGGUGACGCCAAAAAAGUCCCACAAACUCUGGGUGAUUUUUGAGCACCCAGUCAGUGCAAGAGUGGACUGAACCUGACAGGAAAUGUCUCCUAGAUCUCCUAUCCUGACAGGAUUGUCAUCACUAGAGCAGACGUAACCAACUAUCAAGAAUGAGAAAACUCAUUUUUACUCCUUUUCACUUGGUUAACUGCUACUCUUUGCUAAUGCAGUGUUUGAAGGUUUCAUCGAUCACAAGUCCAGGGUUAGGUUUACAUUUGUCUUUAUGAAACCAGAAUGUUUGGACAGAGUCUCUGAGAAAGCUCGUCUCGUAGAAAUAUACCAUUUACAGAAUCGGUUAUUUUCCGACAAACGCGCUCUCGUUGCUUUUAAAGUGAAUAUCAAAUGGCAUUUAAUAUAACGUCUUUCAAAAGGAGUGUUUCUGUACGCAUCAAUACAAAUAAAAUCAUGUCGCUGAGUAGCAGUUGUAAUAGCCAAGACUGUCUUGAGACAAAUGAUGAAUGAUCUAACCCCCCCCCCCCCAUUUUGAGAAAAUGAGCGUGUGGGCUUUUAGGUGUACAGUAAUGCUAACAAAUUUGUAAUGCCUUAAUAUUGUUUCUGUCUGAGGCCUGUCUGCUGAUCCUGUAAAGUAAGCAAGUGAUUUGUGCUGCUAUUAUCGCUACGUUAAAUCUGUGGGACAGAACAUCCAGAAUAUCAAAGUCCAGAGUGUCUGCUCGCUGCUGGACUUUAAUGUGGCGUUUAUUGGUACUUGAUACUGAUAGCAGCUCACAAUAGACUCGGUUUAAUUAGAUUGUGUUGCAGUGCACUCUGUGGGCUUCAAGACAGAAUAUUGCAGUGAUGCAUUAAUUUAAAUUAUGAUGUACUCAAAAGCUUUCCAUUUUGGACCGGCAGAAGGAAACCAGGCUUCACUGGAAACACUUGUACGUUUUCCAGCCUUAGCUUCAGGAACUGGUUUGAGGAAGUCUGUGAAACAUUAGCAGCAUUUCAGCCCUAUGCACUGAUGUGAGUCAAGAUUCUGUGCCAAAAUAAGAUUACUCUCUCUGUCUGUGGCACUCUGUGGUUCGAAAUGACUGCUAAUACAUCUCAAUGCCUUCAGAUUUCACAGAUUAGUGGAAACUGAUCGUGAAAGUCAUUUAUGCUGAAGUCCUUCUGGGACAGAGCACUGAAACAGAAAUGUGCCUUUACAUGAUGCAGAGCUUAGCAAAGUCUGCAUAACAGAGUUGCGUUUUAUAGAAACCAAAUGGAUUUAUGAGAUACUGUGUAAUGCCUUUAAAAGACAGCACCUUAAAUCAUGCCAGAUAUUGAUGUUUGUUGUUCUGGAAUUUUUUUUUUCCUUUUUUUUUUUUUUUUUUUGGUAAAACUCCUCCUCAAUGCCUUUUCUGCAUCUCAAAAGGCUGCUUCAAACUGUUCAGUUGUUUGUCUUUGGGACAUUUUGUUUAAAAAUCACUUUUAGCAGCUGGUAAUAUUUUAAUCCAGGGACUUGCACAGUUCAGAUGCUGUAGAAUAGCCAGUGCUGAUUCUUACUGAUUGAAUAAAAAAUGAUUUGUAAUUUAA